AUGGCAGAUGGCUCAAAGGACCCCGAGCAAUUCUCUGAGAAAGUCAUUGAAUAUAAUGUCCGAUUGUGUGCCCAGAAGGUCAAGGUGAACCGUUCCGAAGGGAGACAGGCGCAUGUCAUCCACCAUAUGGGCCAUACUUCGGCUUUCAGCCAGGGAUCAACCGGUAUUUCACUUUUAAGAUGCUGGGAGUCUUUGUUGGCUUCGCCAGCAGAAAACCCAGGGUUGUUUCCAGAAAAUCGCCAUCAAAAUGAGGCUGUCUCGGGACUUCAUAUGGUUGCCAUCAACCAGCAGCCUCAUAAAAGAGCAUAUAGGCAAAGGCGGAAGGACCCAAGUUGCGAUGCGUGUCGAGAACGAAAAGUAAAGAUUCCUCCAGUUGUACAGAAUGCUCCAAUCGAAAUGCAGGUUCAAGAUCUCGAACGGCAGUUAAUCCAAGCAAAACAACAGCUAUGCCAGCUUCGUUCAGGAAUUCCUAAAAUUGACAGCUUGAUGGAUCCAGUUUUUGAUUUGCAUGAGGAUACUCCAAGAAUCCCGGAAGUUGGACAGCGCCCACAUCGCCUCAAUAAUAGCUCCAACAUCAAUACACCACCGUCCCACGUUCGUUGGAAAAUGCGAACUUACGGCCAGGGACUCAUCGACUUCCCACCAGCUUCCCCAUUUACACAUCCUCAAAUAUUGCUGACUCGGGAUGUGCCCUCUCUCCCUCCAGCAACCAUUGUGGACACGCUCUUGGAAAAUUAUUUUUCCCACUUGCACCGCGUGUUUCCCAUUGUACACUGGCCGACGUUGCUGAGUGACAACGAUCGUGUCUCCCGCAUUGGCUCUUUCAGUGGAGCUCCUAGAGAAUGGGUGGCAAUGGUGUUUGCAAUGCUUGCUUGCGGCUCUUUACAUUCUCUUGACCAAGAAUUGGUGCUAAAGGGGAAAGAUUUCCUCCAAACUAGCGUCAGUCUUAUUGAUGUUUGGCAGGACGUGUUUUCUCUAGACCAAGUUCGCACUGUGAUGCUGAUUAGCAUCUUCUUUUGGGUUUGGCUGGGCUCUGCUGUGAAGAUGGCCCAAGAUCUAGGAUUGCACAUUGAGUCUGGCUGCUCAUCAAUGGAAGCUGAGCUGAGAAAACGAGUUUGGUGGGCUUUGUAUGCGUGGGAAAGGUCAGCUCGGUAUCAACUUGCACUAGUGGUCAUUGAAACAGGCAGACCUUUAACGAUACAUGACGAAGAUUGCGACGUUGAGCUUCCUUCCGCCAAUGAACAACUUACUGACGGAGGCCCAUUAUCGCAUGACGAGAAGCCUACCUUUCUCUUAGCCAUCUCUCAUGUCAUGCGUGCCGUAUCUCAACUAACAAAGAGUUUAAAGGCGCCGAUGAUCUCGGUUGAUACAUUAGAGGCGUUCGAACAACAUUUCAGGAUGUGUUUGGAAACGUUCUCAUUGGAUUACCGAAUGGAAGCGAAUCAUUACCUAGAUCCUCGUUCACUACCUCCCAUUAUAUUUCUGCAGAACACUCGACUUAUUCUCCAUCGCCACAACCUUUCUCCACGUAGCUCAAUGGAGGUACGGCACGUCGCUCUUGGGCGUUGUCUAGCCAUUGCCCGUGACACUGCCUGCUUGCUCUCCCGAUCGGGUGCAGCAACAACAAUAUUAUGUUGUCACAUAUGGCGCUGUACUCUAAUUCUGCUUUUACGGGGUGACUAUGCUGGCGCCCUUGUUUGCGUCCAAGUAAGUGCUGCGAUAGGCGAUGGAAGACCGGCAAAUGCUGCUUGCGGUCGCUAUGUUGCAUUUUUCCUCAAAAUUUUACUGGAGAAGGCACAGAGGAACGGCGUUACAAACCAAGAUCACGAUGAGGAAAUUAUAGCGUAUGUAUCCGGCGAUCUUCAAGGCCGAAUAAGUGGCAGCUGGAUAUGGCAAACGAACGAGAAUGAACCUCCUUCAGACAUUACUCCACCGCAAUCCUCAUCUUCAUCGAAAGCGUCCACUCUUGGGAGGCAAUUUGUUGAUGGUGUUCGAAAUGGUGUUACUCCGGACGUCCCAGAAAAGGAAUGGGAGGGAUGGGGAUGGAUUGAACAGACAAUCCAGUUCCUCCUAACGGAACAACGACAAAACAUCAUUGUUGAGACAAAAGAUAAUGAAACCCGAUUUCCAGGUCCUGUUAGGCCAAAUGUGCCUUCCAAUCGUCCCCCCGAAAAUACCAGUCCAGUUCGCAAUAGUCCAACUAGUCACUCACUGAUGACAAUUGCCAACAUUAUAUGA